AAAAAAAGAAGAGAAGAAAGUCUCUAUCCCCCUGGACUUUCUUUGCCACAUCUGGUGGGGAUUUAAGGACUUUUAAAUCCAGCCUUCGCUGCAAUCCACAAUGGCAAAUGAACCAGUGAUUUUGAAUGUUUAUGACAUGUAUUGGAUAAAUGAAUACACCUCCACGUUGGGUAUUGGAGUCUUCCACUCUGGAAUUGAGAUCUAUGGCAGAGAAUUUGCCUAUGGAGGGCAUCCCUAUCCUUUCAGUGGGAUUUUCGAAAUCACACCAGGCAGUGCCGUGGAACUUGGAGAAACCUUUAAAUUCAAAGAAUCCAUCGCCUUGGGCACCACAGACUUCACAGAGGAAGAUGUGGAUAAAAUCAUGGAAGAACUGGGCAAGGAGUACAAGGGCAAUGCCUACCAUCUCAUGCACAAGAACUGCAAUCACUUCUCGGCUGCUCUGGCAGAGAUCCUGUGUGGGAAGGAGAUCCCACGCUGGGUGAACCGCCUGGCCUACUUCAGCUCCUGUAUUCCCUUCCUGCAAAGCUGCCUCCCCAAGGAAUGGCUGACACCAGCUGCCCUUCAGAGCCACAUCAGCCUUGGCCUCCACAAGGAAGAGCAGGGAGACACCACGGAUGAGGAAUCCCCAUCCACCUCUGCAGCUGCCUCAGCCUCAGGCCCUUCGCGAACCUGCAGGCACACAAGAGUCUGAACUCCAUGCUCACUGAAAUCACUCUCAGACAUUUUCCUUUGCUCUGUUUGACACUCAUCCUCCACAUCUCAUUGCCUCUUCACCCAUCUCCUGAGAAUGCCAGGAAAACACUUCUGCCCAAGAUCACUAGGUUGAAUCCUUUCACAAAGGAAACGGAAGCCCUGCCUCUUUUUCUAUGUCCUGCUGCUGCUACUCAGCAAAGUGACCUCUGUCACUCCAGGAUUCAGGCCAACAUGUGCUGGAGUUUAAACUCUGGAGGCUGACACGCAUUCCUGAAUCCAAAACAAAAACCAGAAACUUCUGGCAUCUCUGGGACAUGAUGACACAGUGGACCUGAAGGGAAGCCAUAAUGAGAAGUUCCUCCUCUGGAACUCUUUUAAUCCUCUGCCUCCUCCUGCCAUGCACACAAAACGCCUUUUCUCCACUCCCUCCGAGGUUGCACCUUAUUCACACAGGGCGCCCGCCUCCUUUAAGUACCAAAACAAUGGACUGGACUCCGAGCUUAUCUUCCUCAUCUAUACGACCAGCAACAAGCUCCAGUUAACACCAUUUCUUUAUUUUUUUUUUUCUUUCUCUCCCUCUCUCCCCUCUUUUUUGUAAUCACUAGUUUCUUAAAGUCAUCUGCUGGAUAAAUGAAAGGUGCUGCCAUUCUACCACUGCAGAUUUAUUUCUUUUUUCUUUCUUUUUUGUGAAUUAGAAUAUUGUAUCAAAGACUGGAGGAUACGUCAUCCUUCAACAACAAUAGCAAAAGUAUUCUAGAAAUGA